GGAGGAAGGAAGGAAAAGAAGGUGAUUCGGGAAGAGAGUGAUCAUGUCAGGGCGGCCCAGAACCACCUCCUUUGCGGAGAGCUGCAAGCCAGUGCAGCAGCCUUCAGCUUUUGGCAGCAUGAAAGUUAGCAGAGACAAGGAUGGCAGCAAGGUGACCACAGUGGUGGCAACUCCUGGGCAGGGUCCAGACAGGCCACAAGAAGUCAGCUAUACAGACACUAAAGUGAUUGGAAAUGGGUCAUUUGGCGUGGUAUAUCAAGCCAAACUUUGUGAUUCAGGAGAACUGGUUGCCAUCAAGAAAGUAUUGCAGGACAAGAGGUUUAAGAACCGAGAGCUCCAAAUCAUGAGAAAGCUAGAUCACUGUAACAUAGUCCGAUUGCGGUAUUUCUUCUACUCAAGUGGUGAGAAGAAAGAUGAGGUCUAUCUUAAUCUGGUGCUGGACUAUGUUCCGGAAACAGUGUACAGAGUUGCCAGACACUAUAGUCGAGCCAAACAGACGCUCCCUGUGAUCUAUGUCAAGUUGUAUAUGUAUCAACUGUUCCGAAGUUUAGCUUAUAUCCAUUCCUUUGGAAUCUGCCAUCGGGAUAUUAAACCACAGAACCUCUUGUUGGAUCCUGAUACAGCUGUCUUAAAACUCUGUGACUUUGGAAGUGCAAAGCAGCUGGUCCGAGGAGAACCGAAUGUUUCGUAUAUCUGUUCUCGGUACUAUCGGGCACCAGAGUUGAUCUUUGGAGCCACUGAUUAUACCUCUAGUAUAGACGUAUGGUCUGCAGGCUGUGUGUUGGCUGAGCUGUUGCUAGGACAACCAAUAUUUCCAGGGGACAGUGGCGUGGAUCAGUUGGUGGAAAUAAUCAAGGUCCUGGGGACGCCAACAAGGGAGCAAAUUAGAGAAAUGAACCCAAACUACACAGAAUUCAAAUUCCCUCAAAUUAAGGCACAUCCUUGGACUAAGGAUUCGUCAGGAACAGGACAUUUCACCUCAGGAGUGCGGGUCUUCCGACCCCGAACUCCACCGGAGGCAAUUGCACUGUGUAGCCGUCUGUUGGAGUAUACACCAACUGCCCGAUUGACACCACUGGAAGCUUGUGCACAUUCAUUUUUUGAUGAAUUACGGGACCCAAAUGUCAAACUACCAAAUGGGCGAGACACACCUGCACUCUUCAACUUCACCACUCAAGAACUGUCAAGUAAUCCACCUCUAGCCACCAUCCUUAUUCCUCCUCAUGCUCGGAUUCAAGCAACUGCUUCAACCCCUACAAAUGCCACAGCAGCCUCAGGUCAACCCUAUUCACUGGGGGAGGGGACUACAUUAGAGCAUGGAGACCAAGAGGCAUGACCCUUUGGCACCGUCUUGGAAGAUGCUAAUGCUGGAGACCGUGGACAGACCAAUAACGCCGCUUCUGCAUCAGCUUCCAACUCCACCUGAACAAGUCCCGAGCAGCCAGCUGCACAGGAGAAACCACCAGUUACUUGAGUGUCACUCAGCAACACUGGUCACGUUUGGAAAGAAAAUUAAAAAGAGAAAAAAAAAAACCCUGUUCAUUUUAGUGUUCAAUUUUUUUUAUUAUUAUUAUUAUUGUUCUUAUUUAACCUUGUAAAAUAUCUAUAAAUACAAACCAAUUUCAUUGUAUUCUCACUUUGAGGGAGAUCCAGGGGGUGGGAGGGGUUGUGGGGAGGGGGAAAGCGGAGCACUAGAACACACAAUCUCUCCCACGACAAUCUUUUUUUAUCAAAAGUCUGCUGUUGUAUACUUUAAAAACAGGACUCCUGCCUCAUGCCCCUUCCACAAAAUAAGAAAACGUUGUUCUGUGCUCAAGUUUUUUUGAACUUUGUUUUCUUCUAAAGUCAAGUGUAAGACUUUGGUAUAGUGCACAGCUUGAAAUUGGUUGGGAGCUUAGCAGAUGUAACUCAGUGGGGACUUAAAUGUCACUUGUAAAAUUAAUCCAUAUCCUCGGGUGUUUGAAGACUUGCCUUUGUCAUGUUGGUGGCAGGUGUGGCAGACAAAAAAGGAAAUGUGUAUCAUUUGUAACCCAGGGAGGUCAAUAAAAUUUGAAACUAUAAGGGGAAGAUUCUUCAUUGAUUUGUUAAGGUUUUGUUUUGCUCUGAAUUAGUGCUAGUGGUGAAGAAACUCAGUAGGAGGCUGCCAGAGGAGGAGCACACGCGCUCCACGGGUGGGUCUCUGCCUGACCAAAGGUUCCGUGCAGAUCUCAGUAGUUUUGAACUGAUGACCUAGGAGAAGACUGAAAAAGGUGUUGAGCUGGCCACUCUGGCUGCAGAGGUCAAAAGCCGACGGACCUGGAGGAAAGGGACAGGCCAGGGGCACAUCUCACCACUGUGGAUGAAGUUGUCCAGAUUGUUUUCUAAAGUUGCUUCCCUUGCAAAGAUUCACUUGAGAGGACAUUAUAGUUAAAUAAUGUGAACUGUAACAGUCUACUGGUUUAUUUUUCAUAUUUUUUAAUUGCAAAUCGAGCUUGCAGAAAUUGCCGCAUUCUGCACGUAGUUCUAAUUUUAAAUCCAAAUCUAGAAUUUGUAUUUAAUUUCAGCUUUUUUUUAACCUCAUGCUUUUUAAAUUUUAUUUAUUGAUGCAUGUCAGAUAGGCCACUAUGAUUUUAGAUGGUAGGAAUCUUAAAAACGACACGUCAACAUGAUAUAAACAGUCACUCGUACCUGCUGACUUUAUAGGAAAGCUGAUUAUAUAAAUAUGUGUAUAUAUGUUAUAUAUACAUAGAUUCAAUACUGCCUUUUUUGUUUUUUUGUCCACAGUAUCAAAAUCAACUGGUUGAAGCUUAAGAAGAAGAAUGUUUCCCCCACACCCAGUUAAGAGUUUUUGUUUGUUUUCUUUGUGUGUCAGUGAAUGGUGUAAGAAUCAGUCUCUGUUUUUGAAGAAAAAGCAAUAUUCCUUGGAAAGCAAGGAGGAUUAAAGGAUUAUGUUUGCAGUGAGUAAAUAGAUUUCACAACAACUUUGUUUUAUACUUUUAAGGUUGACAUCUAUGUGGGCCUUAUAUACUCUAAAAUGAACCUUAGUCACCUUGGUGCUUCUGGGCCAUUACUUGACCUAUGAAUCUUUAAGGCACAAUCAGUUCUACUUUACAUUUAAAGAUCACUUGAGUGAUGGCCACCUGUCCCUCCUGCCCGCUCCCUCCCCGCACGCCUUCCACAGUUAGCUGAUAGCCGUAGGGCUGCAGAGCUGAGCCCUAGAUUGUGUGUAACCUUCGCCCCUCCUCAUUGCCACCUUAGGUCAUGUUAGGGGUCUUGCCCUCCAGGUGAUUUGGAAGUGAGUCUCUUGGCAGCCCUCAUGCAGGUCCCAGCACCCUGUCCUGCUUCUUAACCAAGUGUGUGUGACUCUCAAAGAGUCCUACUGCCUGCUGAAGUGAACCAAUACCAGAAAGGCAACUGUGAGCCAUCUUCGUUUCACUCACUGUUUAGCUAAGCUCUUAGGCCACAAAAGGGGUUUCUCAAACCUCUGAUUAUGUCAGAGUUCAUGAGAAAGGACACACACUCACUCAAACCAAAUCGAACAAAUUGAACUUUACUUUUCAUAGCAAGCUUCUGAGAGCUCAUCAAGAUUUGAAUGCAGUCUGAAUCAAAGUAUUUGGCAGCAUAAUUCCUAAAGGGAAUGGCUUUGAUAGACCAUUUUCAAGAAGGAUUUAUAAAGAAAUUGAACAGCAGGUCUGUGACAGAGAAAUAGAACUGCUUUCAGACCAAACAGCCCAGCCAAACAUUUGGACACAGACGCUACUCCGGACUUAGUAUACUUGCUGGAGUCCAUAAAAAUCUGUGCUUGUUUUAGGAAACACUCCCCCCUUGCCCCGUAUAAAUGGAGUAAGAGAAGAGAGAAAAGUCAAAUGCUUUUCUCUUAUUUGUGUGUGAGGGCUGAGGUGCGUGGUUUUUCUUUCUCAAAGAUCAUGUCAGGAUCACAGAACUCUUUUAUACAAGUGAGAUCCAGGUCUCUGAAUAUCUUUUUGUAAAUAAUAAUAAUAAUAAUAAUAAUAAAAAGCUCCUCACCAAAUUCAAGCUUGUACAUUAUAUUUUCUUUCAAUGUUUUUAAAUUUAAGUUUUAUUGUUUUGUAUGUAAAUAUGUGGACCCAGGAACUGUUAUUAAUGAGCAAAAAGUUACUGUUCAGGGCAGUGAUUCUGUUUAAUAAUCAGACAAAAUGUAGACGAGCUUUUUAAAGCCAUAUAGUUUUAACUCUGUACAGUAGGUACCGGCCUGUAUUAUUGUAACAAUAACUCUAGCAAUGUAUAGUGUAUCUAUAUAGUUUGGAGUGCCUUCACUGCCAUGUGUUUGUUUUUUUUGUUUUUGUUUUUCAUUUUUAAAUUUUAAUUGCUUCCUCUAUCCAUGUCUCCCUGUCCCCCCCCCGUUUCCCCUUGAGAUAAUAGCUCACUCCCAACACAGUGUCUCUGCCCCUUCCACAGUUAAGUUUCAGUGAUGCCAUGCUCAGAAGCGGAAAGGGGGAACCACGUUCACAAUCUCGUUUCAUUCAAGCCCUGCCUUUGUUCUGAUUCUGAACGUUUGUUUCCUCAUCAGUAGCAGUGACCGGUUCCAUUUCACACUUAGUUCAUCCAGGGACUUAGAGUAGUGCCAGGGAGCCCUAGAGCUGAAGGAUAGCGAAUAGAUUAGAUUUUACUCGUCUCUUCCCCAAACUCUAACCCGUGGGUCUUACAAACAGCAGAUUGCGGGAACCUUCCAUGCUCUCUCUCUCCUCCUCAGCUAUUUCCCUCCCAAAUGAGAGAGAGAGAGAGAACUGGUUUUUAUAAAUCAGAAUUUUGUAAUAGUAUCAGGUUUUGAUACGUCAGUGGUCUAAAAUGCUCUAGUGCGGUUACUGCCCGGAGCGUGCCGGGCCCGUAGAGGACUGUGGUUUCAGCCCCUCCCUCCCUCCCACCACCUCCACCCCAUUCAAUGAAAUGUCAUUAUUUUUUAAUUUCUUUUUUUAAAAAUCAGUGUAAUUCUUACUGUGUGCCCAUCAUGAAGGCCUUUUUUUGAAAAAAAAGUCAAGAUGAUUUGUUUUGCCUCCAAGUACUCCAUAUAAGAUGUCUUGAGUAGAAGAGAAAAACUUUACCAAACCAAAGGUUGCUAUUUUUGAAACAUCAUGUGUUCAUUCCAGCAAGGCAGAAGACUGCACCUUCUUUCCAGUGACAUGUUCUGUCAUUUUUUUAAGUCCUCCUAAUUUUUAGACACAUAUUCUUGGUUUGUGUUUUAACAAAGCCUGCCUAACCAGUCAUCUUGUCUGCACCAAUGCAAAGGUUUCUGAGAGGACUAUUGUAUUCUCUAUCCCUGUGGAUAUAAAGACACUGGCAUUUCAUUUUUUUUUUCCCUUGCCUUUUUAAAGGAUUUAACUUUGGAAUCUUCCAAAGGAAGUUUGGCCAAUGCCAGAUCCCCAGGGGUCUGGGGAUUUUUCUUUAUUUUAAAUCAAGAUGGUAUCUGACUCCUCUUGUUCAUGUUAGUGAUCCUCUAAUCACAGAGCCGAACACUUUCUCCCUAUAUAGAAGAAUAAACUAAGCGUGCUUUACAAGAAAAUCUGUCUUUUCGGGUAGAAUCCUGAGCCACUGAAAAUGAGAGAGACAACUAGAAGCACAGUAGAGUCCCAGACUAAGUUCUACGUUUGAGAGGCUUUGAAAGUAAUCCCUGGGGUUUGGAUUAUUUUCUCAAGGGUUAUGACUUUUGUUCAAGUUUGUUGCUCCGUUUUGCACCUCUGCAAUAAAAGCAAAAUGACAACCAGUACAUAAGGGGUUAGCUUGACAAAGUAGACUUCCUUGUGUUAAUUUUUAAGUUUUUUUUCUUAUAUAUCUGUCUACAGGCAGAUACAGAUAGAUGUAUGAAAAUGUGCUUGCCUGUAAAAUUUGCAUUUCUAAUGUGUUGCCGAUGGAUCACUUGGGCCUGUACACAUACCAAUUAGCGUGACCACUUCCAUCUUAAAAACAAAUCUAAAAAACAAAAUUUAUUAUAUAUAUAUAUAUAUAUAUAUAAAGGACUGUGGGUUGUAUACAAACUAUUGCAAACACUUGUGCAAAUCUGUCUUGAUAUAAAGGAAAAGCAAAAUCUGUAUAACAUUAUUACUACUUGAAUGCCUCUGUGACUGAUUUUUUUUUUCAUUUUAAAUAUAAACUUUUUUGUGAAAAGUAUGCUCAAUGUUUUUUUUCCCCUUCCCCAUUCCCUUGUAAAUACAUUUC